AUGGGGUGUGGGACGAGCUCGAAGAUCUUGGCCUUGUCAGAGUCGGACCGAGCGCAGGCGGCCGAAGUCCUCGUCGGCGCCGCCCUUGAAGAAGGAAGCUGUGGCAUCAUUUUGGCCAUCGUGGUCGUAUCAGCGAUGUGGUAUUCAGGACUCGGUCAAUUUGAACAGUCCGUGUCGGUGCCGUACAUCUCCCUGCUGGUGUGA